GAAGCUGGUAAAGCAAGUCUUGUCGAUCUCGAACUGGCAGAUUGUCAAAAUGCAUUAGAGAAAGUUGAGAAAGAACUGUCAGAAAACGAGAUAAAGCUGAGGCAGAAAGAAGAUGAAUCUCAAGCUUUAAAAGAUCAGUUGGUGACAAAAGACAAUAAUAUAGCUUCAUUGGAGGGAAAAUAAUUCAAGCAGAAGAAAAGAAAAGAAAUUAAAAACAUGCUGAAAAAUUCUAAGAAAGAAUCAACUUUGUUAAAAGAAAAGGAAAAUACGAUGCAACAAACUUUAAAAGAUUUGGAAAAGGAACUUGAGGAAAAGAAUCUUGAAAAUGAAAACAUCAAAGUACAACUUUCCGUAGUUCACGCCGAAAAACUAACUUUUGAACAGCAGCUUCAUUCUGUAAUUGAAAAUAAUGCAGUUCAUCUGGAAAGUCUUGAUGCAAAACUUAAUCGUUUAAAAGGAGAAUGUGAAGCGGCCAAACGAGCGAAAAGUGAACUGGAAAGUGAAUAUGAUAACUAUAAGACAAGAGUUCACAGUGUUUUAAAACAACAGAAGUCGAAACCAUCUACUCCAUCAUUACAUGUAGAGGACAGUGAAAGAUCACAACUGCAACAAAAUAUCCUUCAACUAAAAAUAAAGCAUCAAGAAACAAGCGAAAAACUGCACUCCUUGCAAAGUGACUAUGAAGACUUAGAAACUGAAAAUGAAAAGCUAACUACUGCUCAUGCGCAGCUUUCUUUAGAUUCAGAAAACAAAGAGCGAUUUUGGAAAGAAAGAAUAGAGAAAAUAUCUCAGGAAUAUUCGACGAGUUUCGAACGACAAAAAGAAACGAUUGAACAUCUUAACAUGAAAAAUGAAACGUUAUCUAAAUCAUUUAAGGAAAAAAUUCGAAAACUUGAAGAAGAUUAUAAAUCAAAAAUAGAAAAACUUAAUCGUGAGAUCGAUCAAAUUGAAAAAGAGCAAAAGAAGGAAAGUCCACAGUUAAAGUUGAAUCUACCUGGAGAUGUUGUUAAUGUGACAUUUGAGGAAAGACAGGCAGGAGAGGGAAUGGAUAACACGGAACUUGAGCAAGUAAAUGUUUUUAGUCAGCCGACUACGCCAGCUUCUACUGCAUCAUUACAUAGUGUGGCUCUGGAGACUUUACUAUCACCCAAUAAAGAAAUGGCAGAUUUGCAUGAUACUGUUCUUACGGAAGAAGAAAUUUUAACAGCAAGACGUGAAAUAGAACAUCUUUCUGAGCUGCUCCGUGAGAGUGAAGCGACAGCAAUGAGACUUGGAGAACAAGCUAAAGUAUUGAAAAAUGAAAUAAGACGACUAGAACGGAAUCAAGAAAGAGAAGAAGGAUUAUCAAAUUUGGAGUAUUUAAAAAACAUUAUUAUUAAGUUCCUUAGUCAAGGUUCAAACGAGAAAGAACAACUUAUUCCUGUGUUGACUACAAUGUUGAAACUUAGUGAAGAUGAAAAGGAUUUCCUCUCAAAAUAUGCUCGAGACAGUGAUGUUGACGACGAAACUAAUUCAAGUUGGUCGAGUUAUCUUUACCGAUGGAGUUCCGUGAAUUAAUUGUGAAAGUUCAUUACUAUUUGACAUUGACAUUUCGAAAACUCAUGGGCAAUCAGUAGGGUGGCCGGUCGCCAUCGUGUUCAUUACUUAGAAAUAAUAAUAAACAAUAAAAUAGA